AUGGAACGUACCGACAUUUUCGGGUAAGACAUGCCGCCCUGUUCCUUAUUUUCAAGACCGUUUCUCACUUUCAGAUACACUCUGGAGCAACUGAACACUGUCGUUGACACUCUGAUCAAAGAAUCUCUCGCUCGAAACGACGCGAUUUCGGCAAACACCAAACAAAAAUUGGAAAAAGUUCUGUUCGACGUGGAGCGCUUCGGAGACACCACCCAACUACAGAUCCUGCUCGUCCGCGACAAACUCCGCGCGGUUCUGUUCUUCGUCGACAAACACUACGACCAUCUUCAGAAGAUGAUCACGUUCGGAACGUUUGCGGAGAGCGACUUCAAAAUCAUCCGAGAGAUGUACAAGGAGGCGGAGCUGGCGAUCCGGGGAAAUGUGAGUUGAUCUAGGAAGGUUACUUGACGUUGCAAACUUCAGACUCUCCAGCCGAAAGCGCCGAUUCUCUACCCGGCAUCCAUUGAUCCGAGGGAUGCGGACGGAAUUCCAGGCACUAUCAACGAAUACCUCGAGAACCACUACAAGGUCCGCAGAGCCACGCACAAGAGUCUGAAGGCGCGGAAGCUGGUGGAAAUGACCGGACUUUCGGAGGAGGUGAUCCAGGCCAAGUUCGACCUGUACCGCGGAAUCUGGAAGGCGAAGCAGAAGGAGAAAGAGAAGAAGCAGAAGAAGGAGGAAGAGCACAACUUCCACAUCUACCAGCGAGUCCUCAGAACCUACAACUUCCCGUUCCUGCCGAGCCCGCCGAUGACCCGCCACGACCGUUUCCCGUUGCACAGAAUCCCGCUUAACGAGCCGCUUUUCAUCGAAAUCCCCUGA